AUGAUAUUCCUUGACCGCUUCUUUCCAGCAUCAAAGACGAGUGCCCUCAAACGGGAGAUUACCGAAGCCAGACAGGAGUACGAUGAACCCGUUGGCCAGUACUGGGACUGGUUCCAAGGUUUGCUUCAAGCAUGCCCCAAUCACAAGAUGAAGGAGAAGGAAAUUUACUCUGUUUUCUACAGUGGACUCACUAUGGAUAGCAAGAACGAGCUCAACCUCGCAGCUCAAGGGGAAUUCUCAAAAACCUCAUUCAGCCAAGCCAAAAACAUCCUGGAGCGGCUUAUUGAAGCCAAGAGGUCGUACGAGACAUCACGAGGACAGUAUAGAAGAGGAACAGGAGGAGACUGGGAGUACCAGCACCAAGUCCCUCAGUUUAGCAAUCAGGGAAGGCAGUCGAACAAUCAAAUGGUGAAUUAUGUCCCAGAGUACCAAAGAGGAAAUCAGCAACCCCAAGGGAACUCACCGUACUUCCAAGGGAGCCAGCAAAAUCAUUUCCCCCAGAACAAACCGGAGCAGUAUGGACCUUCCGGCUACUACCAGCAAGGCCAUGGAGGAGGCCAAUUUAAUCAGAGGUAUAACAGGCAGCAAAUUGAAGGUUCAGAAGAUUUGAUGAUCCCGCAUCGACCCCAUGAUGCAAUGCGAGAGAUACAAGAAACCCAGAAGGAACAGAGGGCUGCACUCGAGAUGCUUACAAAGCAGUUAUCUCAGGUCGCCCUGACACUAGGCGAGCUGAGAGGCAAUGAAGGAAAGAUUCCGGCUACAGUGCAGCCAACCACUGGGCGAGAGAAUGUCAAUGCAAUCGCUCUAAGAUCGGAAGGGGUUAUUCAAAACUCAGCUGCAAGUUUCCCAGCGCCCAGACCCAGUCAUAACGAAAGCCUUGAGUCUAGCACCCUUGAUCAAGUCACAAAAGAAAAAGAGUCUUACACCCGUAAGAAGGAUACUGAAAAGGGAAGGAUGGUCGAAGCAGAAAAAGUGACCGGUGUGAUCCAACCUAGUGAUCUUCCACCAAAGAAGACUGACCCAAGGGUAUUUACGCUUCCAAUCUCCAUUAGAGAAGUCCUAAUGGAGCAAGCAAUGUGCGACCUAGGGGCUUCCAUCAAUGUUAUGCCAUAUUCUAUGUAUGAAAAGCUGGGUGAAGAAAAGCUAGUCGAAACCGAUAUGGUGAUACAGCUGGCAAAUGGAUCUUGCAUUUACCCCGAGGGAAUUCUAGAAGAUGAACUUGUCAAAGUAAAUAAGUUUAUGUACCCCGCCGACUUCUUCGUCAUAAAGACGACAAAGCCGGGAGCGGAAGAGUCUGUUGGCAUCCUUUUGGGAAGGCCAUUCUUAUCCACAGCCAGCACAGUCAUCGACGUCCUCCAGGGGACGAUGAAACUGAGUUUUAAUGGAGAACAUCUUACAUUCAAAGUUGAUAAAGCUGUGAGAAAGCCACAGGACAGCGAGAGCAUUCAAACAGUAGAGGCUAUCAGCCCUCGGAAACAAAAGUAUCCAGAAAAGAAAUCCUUCAAAGAACCACCCUCUGGUUCCACUGAAGGUGAACAGCUCAAGAGAGAGGCAGCAGAAUGGUUUGAUACGACGAUGACUGGAGAAAUGGACGAUCAAGCCAUUAGAAGGGCAAUUAUGAAAUUUUGUUAA